AUUUGUCGACGAAUAGAGGGAGGCUCCCGCGCGGAGCGAGAGAGGACGCGCCGCCGCACCCAAAGACAAAGCUGUGUUCCCAACCGUGCAUAUCGAGAGAGAGAGAAUCUCGCAAAGUGCAGCUUGUAUUGGCAGAGUGGUUGUGUAGGGGAUUGAUAUCAACGCGAAGAAUUCCUCCUCUGCAACUUUCAUGAGUCCAUCACCUUUCCUACUGGGAUGAACUUCUUCAGAGAGUUGUUUGAGUCUUUGGGUGCUCUCUCAUCAAGCUUGUCUUCCACGGACGAACCCUCUUCAACCGUUUCCAAUCAAGGUCAUCACAGCAUGGAAAGCGUUGUGCCCUCUGUUUCAAAGCAGAAAAUCGCACAAAAGCUCAAGGGAUACUUUGAAUUGGCGAAGGAGGAGAUAGCAAAAGCUUUUAGGGCAGAAGAAUGGGGUUUGACUGAAGAUGCAGUGAUUCACUAUAAAAAUGCUCAAAGCAUCUUGCUCGAAGCCAAGACCAUCAAGAACAGUGCCUCAGAUUCAUCAUCAAGUGAUACAGAACAGGUGAAGCACUAUCAUAAGAAGAUACUGAAAUGGGAAGGCAAUGUUUCAGAGCGUUUGAGAGUUCUGAGUCAAAGACAAGGUGGUUCAUCACUAAAAAAGACUACCUCAAGUCAUUUGCCAUCUGCAGCAGUUGUAACGGCACAAUCUGGGCCCAACAAAGUCACAUUACGAACAAAAGUUUUACCAAAGAAACCGGCAGUAGCAGAUACUAUUGGCAGCUCAAAAACUAAACAAGAGACUUUAAAUGGUCAUGAUGCCAAGUUGGUUGAAAUUAUAAACGAUGUGAUUGUGGACCGUAGUCCUUCCGUUAAAUGGGAAGAUGUUGCUGGUCUUGUUAGUGCAAAGCAAGCAUUGUUGGAAAUGGUUAUUUUACCCACUAAAAGAAGAGACCUGUUUACUGGUCUACGAAGGCCUGCUAGAGGGCUGCUUCUCUUUGGUCCACCUGGAAAUGGGAAGACCAUGCUUGCCAAAGCUGUUGCUUCUGAGUCAGAAGCAACAUUUUUUAAUGUUUCUGCAUCUACAUUAACAUCAAAAUGGGUGGGAGAGGCUGAGAAGCUCAUGAGAACUCUUUUUGCUGUUGCCAUAGCGAGACAGCCUUCAGUGAUUUUCAUUGAUGAAAUUGAUAGUAUUAUGUCAACGAGGUUGGCUAAUGAGCAUGAUGCAAGCAGAAGGUUGAAAUCUGAAUUUUUAGUCCAGUUUGAUGGGGUGACCUCUAAUCCAAAUGAUUUGGUAAUUGUCAUAGGUGCAACAAAUAAGCCACAAGAAAUCGAUGAUGCAGUUCUUCGGAGAUUGGUGAAGAGAAUAUAUGUACCUCUCCCAGAUGCAAGUGUUCGGCGUCUUCUCUUCAAGCAUCAACUUAAGGGUCAAUCUUUCUCAUUACCUGAUGAUGAUUUGGAAAAACUAGUGAUGGAGACAGAUGGAUAUUCAGGUAGUGAUCUGCAAGCCUUGUGUGAAGAAGCUGCAAUGAUGCCAAUCAGAGAACUUGGGCCAAACAUUCUCACAGUAAAUGCAAGUAGGGUACGUCCAUUAAGGUUUGAAGAUUUUCAGAGGGCAAUGACUGUCAUUAGACCAAGCUUAAUUAAAAGCAAGCUACAAGAACUAGAACAGUGGAAUGCAGAGUUCGGUUCCAAUUGAGAAUGCUAAAUGAGGUCAGGAAUGCUUUUGCUUCUCCUAUUUGAAGUUCAAAUGCCAUUCUAACUGGUGUGCAAUGGAGGUAGGGCUCUCCAGCGUGUUACUGGUUGCAUAUUGCUCUGCUAACCAAAUACUGAAUAUAGUUUUUGCGAGACUGCUAUUUUCAUUUGGGACCACGGGAUCAGAUAGUGAUACAUGCGAGCGCGUAAAAUUGAAGAACCAAACCAAGUGGAGAGAGGGAAUCAUGUUUUUAUGUGAGCAUGAUACUGUUGCAAUAUGGUGGCCUGUUAUUUGUUCUCCAGUCAACCUUAUGGUGAGGAGCUGGGCAGUGGUCACUUGAGUAAUCGUCUAAGUUGUGCAAAUUUCGAACUGUGAGGGUCAAUCCAAAGCGGUCAAUCUGAGGUCCUAUAGAGCUUAAUCUAGAUAUGUGCGUAGUCCAUAUGCACAGCAAUUUACGGAAGGGAAUGGAGGAUAUGGGAAUUUGGAAAUGGCCAUAUAAUGUUGGGUUCAAAUAACGACAUUUAUUUGCACAAAAAUGUUUGAGGAACGUUGUUUUGCAUGUUGGUCUCUUCAAACAUUCAUUAAUUAGACUCGGUUAUAGGGUUUGGGAUGCUCACUCUUUCUGAAUUGCUUCCCCUUCUUCGGCUUGAUGCUUUGGCUAAGCCAGGCUAACCAGAUGUGAAAAGGAAAAAAAAAAAAGGUGCGAAUAUAUGGUUUUGGAGGACCUAGCAUGUAAGAUUUUAUUUAAUCGAUUUGCUUAAUCGUGUACAUUGGAAAUGCUUGUAAAUAUUUAUGAGAAAUCAUUGAUAUGAUUUUAUCCUCC